AUGACCGAUACUGCAGAACAACAGUCGACCCCAAAGGCACCCAAGGACAAGAACUGUCCUUUCUGCGGUCAGGCCUUUACUUCGUCUUCGCUCGGCAGACACCUGGACUUGUAUGUCAAGGAAAAGAAUCCGAGACCGCCAGAUGGGAUACAUGAUGUUGAAGAGAUUCGCAAGAUCCGAGGAGGAAUCACCCGGAGGCAUCCGCGCAACUCGCUGGCGCGCCGGGAGACCUUGACCCCGGUCGGAACGCCAAACACUACCACUAGGAAGAGCCCGGGCUCCGAUGCAGAAUCCUCCACGAAGUCGCCAGUACUUCCAAGGUCGGCCCACGGAUCCGUAACCAACUUGAAUCUAUCUGGCCCUCGCUGGGAAGGCAGCACCGCCGCCAGUACUGAUGCCGCUCCUGACUCGGCAAAAAGAUCGGUGCCAACACGGGCGAUGAGCAGGCAGAUGGUCAAGGCUCAGUUUGAAAUGAAGCAGAAGUUCCAGGACGCUAUAGAUACGUCUAAAGCUGCUGAGCUAGCGCUAAGGGAGAUCAUCGGCUCAUGGAGGGCCGCUAAGACAAACGUCGACAUCAACUCAAUGCCUUUCGAUUUCGACCCACUAUCUCUGGACUUUCCGGCGCUUACGCUUCAGUGCUUGAAGAAACCCCCAACUUUGUUCUCGUCAACUCAGCAUCCCACUGCGACGUCGUGGUCUAUAUCUCCGCCAGGCCAAAGACAGUUUGAGGCACUCACGGCCUUCUUUCGCGACGAGUUUAUGAAGUACAAAACUAAAUGCAUUGCCGCCGCGACAGCUGCAGAAGAAGAUCUUGGCUACCCCGCGCAACUCAAACUUUCUCAGCCUGAUCCCAAGGAGGCUGCCAAGAGAGCAGAGAAGGCGGUGGAGUCCCUGGAGGAGCAGGUCACCGAACACCUUCAGUCCGCGUACAGCGUCUGGACGAGUCUGGACCAGCAGCGCCAGUCAGAACUAUGGGUGCUCGAGCUGGCCAGAAUCGUAGGGCGCGGGCAAACCGAGCUGGAGAAGCUCAAGGAGGCCCAGCAGACGCUCAGGCAGGAGAAUGCAAAGCUGAAAACCCAACUGGAGCAGUUAGGCCGCUUGCAGCAAUCGCGGGACUCCAGGAUUGUAUCGCCGACCACGAUCCCUAUGAAGGAGGCUAUGAUUGAAUACUUGGAGGAGCAGCGUGUCAAUCACGGCCGCGUGGGCGUCGCUUUGAAAGUAGAUGAUGGCCGGUCGGACCUAAGCACAGUAGUUGCAAAGUCAAUCGAGAAGUGGAAAACUGUCAUUGUUAAUGCACGCGCAGCCAACAACAGUCUAAGUUCGCAAAGGACUCUCGACGCAGGGUCUGGUCCACUGUCCCCGGCUUUAGUCACAGGAGGAUCACAAGCUUCUCAAUCUCAGUCUGUGAUAUCAGCCCCAGAUACGGCACAUACCACUCAAACACAACAGUCAAGACCGCAACAACAACAACAACAACCCCCGCCGCCCUCGCCACUUGAAACGCCAACACAACAGUCAAGACCGCAACAACAACAACAACCCCCGCCGCCCUCGCCACUUGAAACGCCAACACAACAGCAUCACAAGCCAGUUCCUACUCUACAGCAAGCCCCUAAAGGUCGUAAUCUCGGCACCACGGCGACUGCAAGCCAGCCUAGAGCUUCCCAGCCCACUGUCGUAUCACAAACUUCCUCGGUACCCGUCACAACUUCAGUAGCCUCUACAGACGAUGCAGGCAGCGAUCUGGACGCCGAUGCCGAGAUGGAGGACGACGACGAAGGGUACGCGGCAAUGAACACGCCGGCCAGCCGGCCGCUACAAACCAUGUCAAUUGCGGCGAAUCCACCACAACCAAGCCAUGAGUCGGACGGCAUAAAGCUCGAGGUGCCACGUACACGAGGCCCAGCACAGAGAGUCGCUGUAGGCAGUCCGUACGCUCGGAGCGUUAGCCAUGCCGCACCGAGCAACGGCCGGGCAAGAGGCGCACAGAUGAGCAAUCGCUCGGCGACAAACUUCAUCCCGGCCGUGCCGCGAAACCAGGAAGCCGACCCUAAUACGAUGCCUCCGUUCACGACGCAGGCGGAGCUGGGAAUUCCCGUUCCAGACAUGAGCGGUGAUCCCAUGUAUAUGGACUAG